GCGAGUUCAGUUCGCCAAGUAAGCGAACGCGCCCGGCAGUGGUACCAUUUGUGGUGAAGAAUUUUGUUCAAGGUCGUCCUCGAGCCCCUAAAUCGCACUCGAGCGGUGGCAGUCUUCCACAUGGCAAUAAUAAACGCAGCGCGAGUGGCAGCGUUGAAUUCGAGGCGUUCAAGAUGUCCAAGGUGUGUCUUGGGUGCGAGUGCAACUAUUUCGAGUUCAUUCAGAAAUUCUACAGAGACAAUGAAGCCAGUAUAGCGUACUUACGAGAUCACGGAGUGCUGCCCUUGGAGGUCAACUGUCCCCGCUGCAAAAAACCAUGCCAUUACCGAGCGGAGAGACACACUUGGUACUGCGGUGCCUACACGAAGAUCCCCAAGACCAAGAGGAGGAAGCAGUGUUGCUACAGCGCCAGUGAUUUUAAUGGUUCCUUCCUCUCCGGGGCCAGGAUAGAGCCCUACAAGGUCAUGUGUUUCGUCAACCACUUCCUGAGCAGGCAUUGGGAUUAUCAGACCGUGAGCCAGUGCCUGGGCAUUUCGACGGGCACGCGGUCAACAUGGCAGAAAUAUUGCUCAGAGGUGACCGAGCACUGGCUGGAUAAUCAGGAGCCUAUUGGUGGACCAGACAUUGUCGUUGACAUAGACGAGACACUGUUUGGGAAGAUGAAGUACGAGAAGGGCAAGUCGCUCAGCCAGAUUUGGGUGUUCGGUGGCAUUGAGCGCGACAGCAAGAACUACUUUAUUGUUCCACUCGAAGAACCUUUAAGUCAAAAUCUGAUGUCAUUGAUCCAGAAAUAUAUUCGUCCAGGAAGUGUCAUUGUGAGUAAUAGGUGGAAUGCUUACAGCUCCAUUAACGACUACGAUUACGUUCAUCAAGUGAUAAACCACUCUGGGGACUCCACAGAUGAGGAGAAUGCCGAAGCCCACACGCAGAGCAUUGAACUGUUGUGGCAUGAUAUCAAGGAGUUCACCCUAGCACCUGGUAAUCGGCCUCAGUUUUAUAAACAGUAUUUGGCUCGGCUCCUGUUUGUGCAGCAGCACACCUUUAGCAACGUCAACCACUACUUCUUCCGUGAGGUUGCGAGAAUGUACCCCCCAGACUUUGAAACGGAUGAAACGGAAGAGACGCCUUCUAAUUCGUGCAGUGACGUCAUGAAGGAACCUGAUGAUCAUGAGAACAAGGAAUCUGAAGUGUCAGAUUAAGAUGGAGGAAACACAAGGAACACAGAAUGAGGAAAAGCCAACACAGCAAGAGUGUCGAGCAGACUUGCGAGAGAGAUUCUUAUGGGCCAUUACUUCCUUGGUAGGGAAGGAAGCAACUAUCAACAUGCACGAAAAGACACAUGCUUGUGGGAUAUUCCGUGGUAUCGAUAAAGACAUCCUGAGUAUGCACAUUCAGGACUUGAAAACCCCUUGCAUUGUCUAUCCACGAGCAAUGAUUCGUGUACCUGACUGCAUGACUGUGCAUUUCAAGUUAUAGCACUGGGUCCUGGCCAUUUACCUGAUAAUUAGAUAUAUAUCUGUAUUUGUUAUAUAUAUUUUUUAUUAAAAGAUGAAAAAGAA